AUGAUUCUUGUGACACACGAUAGAAAAUUUCAUCUGGAUGAAGUGUUAGCAACAGCCGUGCUACUUAAAAUAUAUCCAGAUUCCGAGAUAAUCCGAACAAGAAAUCCUGCCGUUGUACAGGGUGGAGACAUAAUAUAUGAUGUUGGAGGUGUAUUUGAUCCCAAGACAAAUAGGUAUGAUCACCAUCAGGAAUCAUUUAAUGAAACUUUCAGUUCAAAUCAUAAGAUAAAACUAAGUAGCUCUGGACUAAUUUAUAAAUAUUAUGGAGAAAGGUUUCUAGAAGUUUAUGGGAUUACUAGGACAGACGAGUACUUCCAUAAAGCACUAGAAGAGAUUUAUGAAACCUAUUUCAUGUCUGCAGAUGCAAUCGAUAACGGGUACGAAAUUUUUGGAGAGAUUGUUCCACGAUCCCUUUCACAUAUUGUUGAAUCAUUCAAUAUCUUAAGCUUUUCUGGAAAUGAGAAUGAUGAACAAAAUAGAAGAUUUCUAGAAGCUGUGCGAAUUGUUUCCAGGGACUUAGAUAAUUUCAUGCAUACAAUGAUCGGCAGCUGGAUUCCAAAUUACAAGUAUUUAGACAAAUUAAUUUCGGGCGUUGUUGGAGAUAUUUUGUGUGUUGACAGAUAUUGCUUUAUUGAUGUAGUUCCAGAAAUAGAAAAGAAGUAUAAGAAAGACAUUAAAUUUGUACUAAAUGAAAGAGAGAACUCAGUGACAAUUCUUGCCGUUCCUAAGGAAAGAAAGCAUUUCAAGUCAAAAAUCCCCUUAAAAAAGGAAUGGAGGGGGCUUACUGGAAGCAAAUUAGAAACAAUCUCGGGAAUUGAAGGAUGCAAUUUUGUGCAUGCAUCCGGUUUUGUAGGUUCCAAUAAGACCAUUGAAGGAGCCUUAGAAAUGUGUAGAGUGUCAGCCGAGGCCUAUUGCAGAGAAAUAGACGUUCCUAGUAACUUAACUUAA